AGGCCGGCGUUGCAUUCGUGCCGCUGUCAUUUCCAUUCCACCUCCCUCCUCAAGGCAACCCGCAGUCCCGCACCGACCACCCAAAUGCUGCCGACAACCGCCACGGCCUCCGCGCCACCGCCGCCGCCCGCGGCCGGCCCCGCCUCCUCCUCCUCCUCCUCAUCCCCGGGCGAGCCGCACGCCGCGCUCCUCCUGGCCCUGGGCUACAUGCGGCUGCGCGAGCUGCUGGCCUGCGCGCGCGCGUGCCGCAGCCUCCGCGAGGCCGUCGCGGGGGACCCGCUCCUCUGGCUACGCCUCGUCGUGGAGUCCCCGCUCAGCCACCGGAUCACGGACGAGGCGCUCCUCGCGUUGACGGACAGGGCGCGGGGGAGGCUCCGGUCACUCCACCUCCUCGGGUGCCCCCGCGUAUCCGACGCCGGCCUGCUGCGCGUCGUCGAGCGCAACCCCAACGUCACCGAGCUCUUUGUGCCCAGAUGCACAGGAUUAACAGCUGAUGGUCUGGUGAAAAUUAUUCAUUUUCUGCAUGGGCACAAAGGAAAUCUAAGUCGUGUUCGACUACAUGGUAUCUGCAAGAUGACUAACCACCAUCUCGAUGUUAUCAAGUCUCUCGUGUGCAGAGGUAGCCAACAGCAAGAUGCUCAAGCACUUUACUACAACCAUAGAGUCCAUGAAGUGCUGAACACGGACGACGGUCGCCCUAUUGAUGUAGAUGUGUGCCCUUUGUGCAGAAAUGUGAGACUUGUGUUUGAUUGUACAAGGAAGAACUGCAGGGAAGUGAAGGAUGGUUGGUCCCGAUGCCGAGGUUGCUUCUUUUGUGUUGCUAGAUGUGAAACUUGUGGUGGGUGCAUCGACCUGGAGGAGCUUGGGGAGUCUGGACUAGCCUGCUCUGACUUUCUGUGCAUGGAUUGCUGGCUCAAGCUCCCAAAAUGCUGCACAUGCAACCGCCCCUACUGCGAGAGGCAUUCAAAUUUAAAAGAGAAUCUAUCAGCGUCCGGCGAGUUCACCUGUCAGGAGUGUACAGCGUUUGCUACCUCUCUCAAAAGUCUGGGAGAAGGUUACUAGAUGAGAUGUUGCUCUGUCGCGGUAACGAAAUAGUUGGGAUUUUUGACACAUGAUUGACCCCCCCCCCCCCCCCCCCUGUAACAGCCGUUCUUAUUGACUUAAUCAUCACGUGUGGAGCUUAUGAGACCUGAUGGAGUAACUAGAAACUUAAUUGUCUACUGCUUUCGUCAAACAAAGUGGGUGCAGAGUUGCAGACCUCAAGGAGUCAAGGUCUUGCGCAUCCAACUUGUCUGAAUGAAGGGCUCCUACUCAGCUGCCAAAUCAAGGGGGGACAAUGUGAACGACCUGACAGUUGAAGGGCUGCCAUAAUUCAACUUUGGUUACCUGUAUUAUUUUGGCCACUCUGUCCAAUGUUUAUGAGUCAUGUGUGCCCAUUGCAACAUGCAUCUAGUAAUGUACACUGGCAAGAAUAUUUUUACCUCUAACGUCUGUCAGUGCAAAUGUUUUCAAUGUC